UCGUUCUUCAAGAGAAGACAAACUGACAAAUUACUUGUUUUUUUUUUUUAAUUUUUCUUAUUAAACAAGAAGUAAAUUAACAGAAAAAAAUAUCAAGUUUUUAUUUUAAAAGUGUGUUUUCUGAAUUAAAUUUUUUUUCUUUUUUUUGCGUUACACAGUUUAUUGUCAAAACUGAUUUAUACAUGAAAAAAAUAUGCAGGCGUUGAUAAUUCUUCUACUUAUUAGUUGCGUGCAUUUAUUGAGUGCUCGUCCUGCGGAGGGACCGACAAAAUUCGUUCUUAACACUACGGAAAAUAUAGAAAACAACGUGUCAUCUUCAAAACUGGAAGAAGCAAAGGAAUUAUUAAGACGUAUCUCAGAUACGAUUAGUCAUGGAAGAGGAAGAUUAAUCAGUUUGAUAAUAUUGGCUAGAAAUAUCAUUGUCGAUCGAGUAGAGCAACUAACUAGCGAAGUUUCGAACGCAGCAGUUAUUAAACACUCUAUAUCGAAUAAACCCACCCAAAAUCGCAGAUCUGUAUUUUUGGAACAAAUUACGACAACUGUAUCGUCGAUGGAUAACUUGAUUCGUUUAGAAAAUGAAAGAGAUCAAGGUCUUUUAGAAAAAUUAGCGAUCCCGCCUUUUAUUAAAGAAGGCUUGUACAAUGCACUGACACCCAGACCACUUGUGGAUCGAAUUAGAGAGGAAGAAAAAUACGGCAAUACGAACACCAAAUUCGAUGGAAUUGAGAGAGCGUUCGUUAACGGCUACACAAGUUUCAGCCAAGGUCUUGUCUCCCUACUUGAUGCAAUACCGCUGCUAGAACCCAAGAGAGGUACAGUUAGAGAUCAAGUUUUCAGACAGAAUCUCAACAGAGUAACAAGUGUGGUCGAUAAUCUAGCAAAAACAAAAGUUUUGGGACUUUAACGGACUUUUUAAUUAACAUGUAUACUUAUAAAUAAGAUGUUACG